UUAUUAUUGGAGUAAUCGCACCAUGAGGGAUCUCCAUGGUAGUUCAAAAUUAUUUUGGGGUAGCAUCGUCAUUUUUAAGGGAUUGGAUUUACGCGUAGUUUAGGAGUGGAGGUGGGAGAGAGGGCGAGAGCGAAGGCGAAAUGAGGCCAGAAAAUGAAAGCGAGACGCUGGUAGAAGCGGCGCUAAGAGUGUUAAAUACGGAGGACCCAUUUGAAAAGGCUCGACUCGGCGACUGGGUUGCCUCUAAAUGGCUUGACGGCACCAUCAAUCUUCCCUACAACCCCUCUCUCAAUCUUCCAGUGCCCGAUCGCCCCGCCAGGCUCACCAACGUGAAAUUGGUGUCACCGAGUUUAAUGCCGAAGCUUGGUAAAGCUGGGAGCUUGCAGAGUAGGCAGGCCAUUGUGCAUAGUCUAGUGCACACUGAGAGUUGGGCCAUUGACUUGGCUUGGGAUAUUAUUACUCGUUUUGGUAAGCAAGAGGCUAUGCCGAGAGAAUUCUUUACAGAUUUUGUAAAGGUGGCUCAAGAUGAAGGCCGACAUUUCACUCUCCUUGCCGCACGGCUGGAGGAACUAGGUUCUUCUUAUGGAGCAUUACCUGCUCAUGAUGGCCUUUGGGACUCAGCCAUAGCGACAUCCAAAGACCUGUUGUCACGUUUGGCAAUUGAACAUUGUGUUCAUGAGGCCAGGGGACUUGAUGUGCUGCCUACCACCAUUUCUCGUUUCCAUAGUGGAGGUGAUAACAAGACAGCAGAUUUACUGGAGACGGUGGUUUACCCAGAAGAGAUUACUCAUUGUGCUGCAGGAGUGAAGUGGUUUAAGUAUCUUUGUUUGAGGUCUAGGAAUCCAGCUCUAUUUCAAGAUAGCUUGGCAUCUCUAGAACAUGAAGCAGGAGAAAAUGGAUGUAAAAUAGAGGAGAAUGAAGUGAUUGUUCAGAAGUUUCAUGCCGUAGUAAGGAAAAAUUUUAGGGGAUCAUUGAAGCCACCGUUUAACGAGGCUGCAAGGAAAGCUGCUGGUUUUGGUCCCGAAUGGUAUGAACCACUGGCAAUCAAAGCUGUGCCAGAUUGCCAAUACUGAAGAAAAUUUAGGAAGAAAAAUAUCAAUGAAGAUCAUAAAGUUCUUCUGAAGCAUGAGUUGAUAUGCUUAGUAUUGCUGAUUAUGCCAUCAAUAUGAUAGUUAUCGAUUCAGAAAAUUUUUCAUCCCAUUAAGAGCAAUUACGUGUUUUAAUUUAUAAGUACCCAAGGGCUGCUUUUGAUUCAUAAGGUCCCAGUUCAAAAUUUGCUUGUAUUCCAGGAGAAUUGUUCCUUAUAUUUCUUUUUUUCAACAGAACGAUGAAUUUGAUGA